AUGGAAAUCCCCAAAAAUGACCUAAUUCAAAAAUCAUCUACUGUUAGCGUCAGCUCAGACUGGGAUCUGGAUUUCACCGACGAGCUUCAGUCAAUUGACUCUGCUAUUGAAUCCGCCACUUCUUCUUCCUCGACUAAGAAAUUUGUCACCAAUUGCGAUAGAGAUCAUCCGAGAACUCGUCGGAGAUUGCUUGAUUCUUUGUUUACACGGUCUGCAUUGUCAUUUAACAACUCUUUAGUUGGUCCUUCAAGUUCGAUCUUGUUAUUGCCUUGCGGUAGAAAUUGGUUUUCUAACCCGAGUGAUUCUUCCAAUCGUGAUAACAUAAUGAUGAGGUACCCUGCAAUGGCAUUUCAAGGUCAUAGUGUGUACAAUAGAACAUUCCCAGAGGUGGAAAAAGCUGCAUAUGAGCUCUUAAAGUUUGUUGAACUCAAGAAAAAAUAUGGAGGUCGUGCUAUUAUUGGAUUUGACGUUGAAUGGAGACCAUAUUUCAAGAAAUGUUCCUAUAAUCCUAUCAAAACUCAAUAUCCUUCUUAUAACUUUUCACAUAUUUUUACUUAUUGA